AUGUCAUUUCUGUUCAAGUCGAAGAAGAACCAAGAGAGAUCUCUGUCGAGUCGCGAUGGGCCGCCACAGUCAUCCAACAGCUCCAUCCAGAGCACCGCUGCCCGAGUAGCACGAGAGGAGAAGAGUGCGUUGCAAAGGUCGACCCCGACAGGAAGCCUGCACUCGCUCGAUAACGAGGGCAGCGUAAGCAGUCCGGAUCAGGGCUAUGGAAGACGACCUCAAACUGCGCCGAAUGAGCAGGGGCUGGGAACGCCCCCCAGCGAUCUUCCGUUCCGCAAUGGAGGCCAACCGCAGCCCAUGCAGCAACAAGUGUCGAGCCCGAAUUCGAACUUGUACCCCUGGACGCAGCGCAGGCUCAACUACACCACUUCUCAUCCCAGCCCAUUUCCACGAUAUGGCGCCGCCGUCAACUCGACCUCGUCGAAGGAGGGUGACAUAUAUGUCAUGGGAGGACUUAUCAACAGCGCAACUGUCAAGGGCGAUUUGUGGAUGAUAGAAGCCGGGGGCAAUCUCUCGUGCUACCCACUAUCCACAACCGCGGAGGGCCCCGGGCCAAGAGUAGGGCACGCAAGCUUGCUAGUAGGCAAUGCUUUUAUCGUCUAUGGAGGAGAUACAAAGAUUGAUGAAGCAGACGUUUUGGACGAGACAUUAUACUUGCUAAACACUUCUACUCGGCAAUGGUCCAGGUCUCUGCCAGCGGGGCCACGACCCUCCGGUCGCUAUGGACACUCACUUAAUAUUCUUGGAUCAAAGAUAUACAUUUUCGGUGGUCAAGUUGAAGGAUAUUUCAUGAACGACCUAGCCGCGUUCGACUUGAACCAGCUACAGAUGCAAGACAACCGGUGGGAGAUGCUCUUACAAAACAGCGACAGUGGCGGACCACCUGUGGGCACAGUGCCUCCAGCAAGGACUAACCACACUAUGAUUACCUACAACGACAAGAUGUAUCUGUUUGGCGGUACCAAUGGCUUCCAGUGGUUCAACGAUGUGUGGUGUUACGACCCAGCGACCAAUUCCUGGUCUCAGCUUGAUUGCAUAGGUUACAUCCCGAUUCCUCGAGAAGGGCAUGCUGCGUCUUUGGUCGACGAUGUUAUGUAUAUCUUUGGAGGGCGUACCGAAGAGGGCGCCGAUUUGGGAGAUCUGGCUGCCUUUCGCAUAACCUCCCGUCGUUGGUACACCUUUCAGAACAUGGGGCCCUCUCCUUCUCCACGCUCCGGUCAUAGCAUGACCACUGUUGGAAAGGCGGUUGUCGUAGUCGGUGGAGAGCCAAGCACGGCCGCGACCGCAGUAAACGAUCUAGGCCUGAUCUAUAUGCUCGACACUACCAAGAUCAGGUAUCCGAACGAUUCGCAGAUACAGACCAGCCAGCGUCAGCAGGGCACUAGGCGGCCAAGCACCAGCAAUUCCAACGAAGCAGGCGGCAUGCAGGUAGCGAAUCGCGCUUUGCCGUUGAGAGAGGGGUCUCAGGGCCCUCCGGAGAAGAGGAUGAUGGCCCCACGGGAUGCUGGAGCGAUGCAGAGUCCACCGAACGGAAUUCGAGGCCCGAAUGGUAUCGAUGCAUCGAAGCUGCCCCGAGCCGCCGGUGCUCCACAAUCUAAUACACAACCUCAAGGACCACCCCAGAAACCGGCGGUAAACACCAACGUUGCCCCGAGAUCGCGUAACACGUCCCGGGAUAGGGCGGAUAUGGUGGUAUCACCAGUGACGCCGGUACAAAAUUCUUCGCCGGUGAUACAGGACAGCGCGAAGAUGGGGGACCUCCCCACCAAUGGUAGGCGUACACCCACUGGCCAAGGUGCUGGCCCAAAAGCUGCCACUGUACCCAAGUUGGAGCCAGUAGUGGAGGCGCCAAAGCCCGCGCAGGCACGCUCUGUUAAGUCGUCAGGGUCGGUGGAUAGCUCUACGGACCCUGGACUCAAAGCCGCAGCCGUUAGAGCGGCAUCGCCGCCACCGCCAACUCGACAAAACAGUAACCCGAAUCGCAGGUCGUCAAACAGGAACUCGCAGACCGUGGUUUUGCUCAAGGAGCUCGACAUGGCCCGGAACAGGAAUGCUUGGUACGCUUCUGAGCUAGAACUGGCGCGGAAGGCUGGAUAUGCGCCUAACGCAUCGAUGAGCCCUGUGUUUGAGCGGGGUGCGGCGGAGACCUUUGAUGACGAGGACAAGCCUUUGAUUGAGGCCCUGUUGGCCAUGCGCCAAGAGCUCGCCAAUGUCCAGAUAUCGGUGGACAAACAGGCUGUGCUCGCCGCCAAGCAGAUCGCGGAAGCUGAGAAGCAGAGAGACGCCGCGAUCCAGGAAGCAGUCUACGCGAGAGCCCGGCUUGCGGGUCAGGUUGGGGGCAGCAUUUCAAGUACGCCUCAGAUGGACCUCGCAAGAGACCCCGACGACAGGGACGGAGAGCUCAGUCGAAAGUUAGCGGCCACCCUCAGUUCUCAGAAAGAUCUCCAGAACCAGGUGGAUAGGAUGUCUGCCGAGCUAGAGGCCGAGAAGCGUGCUCGGCAGCUGGCAGACGAUACCGCGAACGCGGCACAGAAGCGCAUGCGUGAUUUGGAGACGUUCAAGCAACAAAAUUCCCUUGAAACGGAAAGUCUGAGGGCUGAGCUUCACAUACUGCAACGUGAGUCCCGCGAGCAAUCUAUUGCUGCCGCGGAAGCCCAGGCUCAGGCCGAUACGCUUCGUGUCGAGAAGGAGGAGCUCGAUGCCAAGCUGAAGGAACUCACCGGGAACUCGGAAGAGAGCAGUAAUGCCCUUACUGGGCUUCGACAAGCCCUUGCUGCUUCGACAGAGAUCAGAGAACUUCUCGAGCGCAAGGCACAGGAGGAGAGAGCUAACCGAGAGGAGAUCGAAGCUAAACUAAUCAGGCUGAAGGCCGAGCAUGAGCAACGCACAGCUGAACUUGAGGCAACCACUGCGCGCUUGCGUGAUGCGGAACAACUUGCCGAGCGCCAUGCCAACGAGGCCAAGGCUCACCAGCAAGCGUUACUUAACGGCCUCGACCAAAUCACAGCCAGGAGUGUUGGCAAGUCAGAAAAGAGCGAAUCGGAUCGCAUUGUUGCUCUGCAAGGUCAGCUCAACGCAGCAAAUGCCAUGGUUAGGAAAUACCAACAACAGGCCGAUACUGCCUCUGACAAGCUACGAAGCGCCGAGGAGCGCAUUGCCGGGCUCGAGGCAUACCAGGAGCAGGCCAGCCGGGACGGCGUCCACAUCCGGAAGCAGCUCCAGGCCGCCAUGCGCGAUACCCAGUCGCUUCAGGCCGAAAACUCGGACCUCAAGAGCCAGCUCUCUGCGCAACAGCUUGAGACCAAUGCCAUUACCGUCCAGCACAACACGCUCAAGGAUAUACUUAGCGAGCGUGGUAUUAGCCCUAAUGGUGCGCCCCGAUCGCGUGCAAGCCCGCGCGGUGAAACACCUGACACUGCGGCAGCCCGAGUUCGUGAACUAGAGCAACAGCUUCAGGCUGCGCAGCAGGCGCAGGAAGAGCACAGGCAAGCGUUUAUGACGCAAGCACAGGGCACCGAGUCAGCAUACCGUGAAAAACUCAGCCAACUAGAAAAUGACUACCAGUCGGCGGUGCACUAUGUCAAGGGCACCGAGAAGAUGCUCAAGAAGCUGAAGGAAGAGCUGGCGCGCUACAAGAACGAGAACUCCCGGCUGAAGAGCCAGAUCGGUGAUCUGGAGGAUACGAAGGGUCCUUCCAUCACGAACACGCCAGCCGAAUGGGAGAGCGAGCGUGCCACACUGACCAAGAAAAUCGAGACGCUACAAUCAGAGAUGAUGACUGCUACGGCGCAACUGGAGAAGCAGAUGCAGGCUGUGCGUACUGAGCUCGAAGCAGCCAAGCGCGAGCGCGACAAUGCUGUUAAGCACAGCGAGGAGGCAUCACAGCGCGUAAAUAUGAACAAGAAAGACUUGGAGCAACUUCAACAGGAGAACUCUCUCCUGGAACAGCGUGCGCAGGAUGCCGAGAAAAAGGUCAACCUUCUCCUCGACCAGGUCGAGUCGUCGGUGGACAACUAUCGCCGUCGCAGCAGGCAGGUUGCGAGCAUGAAUUCUGAUCAGCUCCGGGAAUCGUUGGCCAGCAUAGAAGCUGCCGAAGCCAAGUCGACAGCAGCAACAAAGACUAAUGGCAAGCUUGAACACAGUACUGGUGCUGGCGAUUCUGUCUCUACGGACAGCAGCGCCAGAGGGGGUCUCAGCGGCCUGGGUGGACACCUCAGGAGCGACAGCCUCGACACGAACAGUGAAUACAACAGCGGUGGUGAGCGAAACUCAGCCGCCCUUGAUAAUCUUGCCAACGAGCUCGAGACCCUCCGGACACACUGGGAGGCGACCAACAAGAACUACCGCCUAUCCAACACGUUUGAUUUUGAGGGCUCAGGCAUGCCGACGCCUACGGCAGCGACGAGCGGUACCGGAGGUGGUGGUCCUGGUGGCAAAAAAGCAGGCGACAAAGAUGACAAGGGGCUAAGCGAGUCGCUAGCAGAUUGGAGGAAGAGACUCGACAAUGCGUAA